AUGCCAGUACAACCUCCUGUCCAUUACGCCAUUCACUCACAGAGGACCGUUCCGAAAUGGAGGUGGAAUCCAUACGCAGAGGCUCCCCCGGCUCCUAUGUUGAAGAGUGACGUCGUUGCCGAGGAAGAUCUCAGUAUACCUGCCCUUGUUCAGCUGUACCAAGCUGAAGUUACUGCCCUUACUGAGGCGCACGAGGAGAUCAUGCGAGAUAAACGGCACCUAGAAAAACUACUGGAGCCGUAUAUCUCUUCCCGUUCCCCCGAACACGCGACAGAACCAGGAGAGGAUAUUCUGCUAUAUAAGGAAGGUUUCGACAUACGUCUGCAACAAUUCAACGAGAACUGUAAGAAGGCAUCGAAGCUGGAGUGGAUUCUCCAGCGGAAGUUGGCACAGGUGGCAGAAAAGGAGGAGAAGUCCGUAGUAGCGCACCCUUGCCAAGUACAAGCAACCUGCCGAGCCCUGAAGAAAAUCAAAGACCAAGAACGACUAAUAAAACUCCUCCAGCGUGAGCUCGACGAAUGCUUGCACUACAAUGACUUGUACGCGGAGCAGCUUCGGAAAAUGAGAAGCGAGUGCAGCUCCUUGCCAGUGGGGGCGAAGCCGCAGCCUCCCUUCUACUCUGUUCGGACGCUUCACCAGGAUUACGACACCUCUUCCAAGUACUCGUCGGACUGGAUGAGAUUGAUUCGUGUGAAUCCGUCUGAGAACGUUCUUCCUCGGCUUGUCCACGAGGCAUCUCCAAAAGGGCCGUUCAGGCCGGGGUACCGGCCGCCGAGAGAUACACAGCCGCGAAAAUUGGUAGAGCCUCCGCCGGGAAUUCUUCCGGAGGCAGGGCAGAGAGUUACAGAGGACCAAAGCACGGCGACAUCUCAAUUGUUCAAAGCACUUGCCGGUAUCACAGCCGCAGCCAACGACAUCAGGAAGAGUGCGGUAAGCGAAGCAGCAAGGGAACCAAGACGACGUCGUUCUCGAGAGUCGAGCGGCAUACCUUCACAAGCUUCCCCAAGGGAUGGGCGACAACGGUCUAGGACAGAAAACUUAACGCGGCGCGAACCGUCCCCGCGCGUGUCGCCACGAUGGCCACCAGCAGAGGCCGCCGUUUCACAGACAGAAGCCGCAGAAGCGGACUUGUUCCUACAACGAUCCAUCCGUUCUGAGGGCCUACUGCGCAAGAUGACCUCCAGGACACUGGCGAGUCCAAGAACAGCUGUACGAAUGGGAACCAGGACGCUCCGUUCCCCAAGCGCCGAAGUCAGCGAACGGCCUGUGAUCUCCCUCAGCCGAGCAAUGUCUAGUGCGUUCCUGGGGGGGUGA